AUGGACAGCAUGAAGGCCUCCGGACCUGGUGGUAUUGAUGUCCAAGACAGCGUCAAGAUCUCAUUCCGAGGAGGGGGCGCCCAAAUCUUCUACGAGAGGCUCAAAGGAUCCAUGACCCAGCGUAAGUGGCUGCUGCAGAAUGCCCCUCCUCCACCAAAGAGCGGUCACUUGAUGGACGAUGGCCAGUCCAGCUCUGGGCAGAGCUCGCCAAAGCAUAAAACCGUUGGCAUUGCGGGGUUGGAGCAGCGAGGCAUGAACAUGCGAAAAAACAACGAGUUCAUCAUUGGUAAUGCCUUUGAGGACCUGGAGGCGCUGAUGGCAUCUGCGAAAGACGUCGUGGCCCUCGCUGAGAGAUUGGCGCGUCAGAACAGCGCAGGCGGUGAAGGUAUCUCAGUCGAGGAAAAUGCCAUACUCGCUGAAUCGGCCAGUCAAUUGGGACUGGUCACGACGAAGGACAUUGUUGGCGGCGGCAGCUCGCAGUCUCUGUACUUAUCAGAACUUGCGAGGAAUCUUGCGGAAUUUCUGACAGACGACUCUCGUGGCGUGCUGAAGAAAGAGGGCGGCAUCAUUACCCUUGUCGAUCUAUGGGCCAUGUUCAAUCGCGCCCGGGGAGGCGUUGAACUGGUCAGCCCGAUGGAUUUUGAGAAAGCCGUUCGAUUGUGGGAAAGUCUAAAAUUGCCAGUCCGUCUCAGGACGUUCCGGAGUGGCGUCAUGGUCGUGCAGGGACGCGAUCGGACAGACGAAACCACCAUCAAGGCUCUCCUAUCAUGGCUACAAGAUCUUCAUGAGUUCCCGCCUGAGAGAGAUGUGCCAUGGGACUGGAGAACAUUUGGACAGGGCGUCACCGCCCAGGAAGCUGCCACUCGAUUUGGAUGGAGCCUGGGUGUCGCCGAGGAGGAGUUGCUCAUGGCCGAAGAACACGGGGCUGUGUGUCGUGAGGAAGGGCUCGAGGGCCUAAAGUUUUGGAUCAACUAUAUUGACACUGGUGACAUCAAACCGAUGAAGACGAAGGCACAAGAAGAGACCGACGCAGUGGUCAGGAAUCUGAAAGAAAGCGGGCUUGUGUAG